AGCACCGCUCAGACGCGAAAAGUUCAGACAGACAGUCGACGUUUAAAGUCUAAUUGCAAGUGAAGGAAUGGAGCCCAAGAAAGCGGUUUUGAUGGACCUCUGGGGGGUGGUGGUCCGACCCGGACUGAGGGCCAUUUUCCAACAGUUUGAAGAGCUGCACCGACUGCCAGGCGGUUUCGUGUGGAAUGCCGCGCGUAAAACGGACGGCGUCCUUACACGCGCGCAGAGAGGGGAGAUCUCUCUCUCUCAGAUGAUCGUAGAGUUGGAUUCUGAGCUGGUGACAGACGCCGAGACCCAAGGCGUGACGCUGCCCUCUGAUGGGUCAGUAAGAGAGCUGCUGAUUGGCCUUGGGGAGGUGGAGGCGGACCAGACCGUCCUACAGACAGUGCUCAGUCUGCAUCGCCACGGGAUACGGACGGCCGUGCUGGCCAAUCACUGGGUGGAUGACUCGGCCAGUGGCCCCGGCUGGGCCCGCCUCCUCUCUGUUCUCCACGCCCACUUUGACCGGGUCCUGCUGUCCUACCGGGAGAGCUGCAGGGUCCCGGAGCCCGCCCUGUUCACAGCCGCCCUGAAGGGACUGGGGGUCACACCACAACAGACCCUCUACCUGUGUGAGGAGGGGGAGUCAGUGAUCUCUGCGGAGGCGGAGGGUCUGACAGUGGUCCGCGUGGACCAGCUGACCGCCGCUCUGAACCAGCUGGCCUCCCUCACCAGCCUCCCGGCGUCCACCGGGGACGACCCUUCGAUGUCCUGCCGUCCCGACAACGUAUCCCACGGCUAUGUCAGCAUCAAGCCAGGGGUGAGGACUCACUAUGUCACCAUGGGCAACGGACCGCCCGUACUGCUCUGUCACGGGUUCCCCGAGAGCUGGUACUCCUGGAGGUAUCAGAUUCCAGCGCUGGCAGCAGCAGGUUUCAGUGUGUUCGCUCUGGACAUGAAAGGAUAUGGAGAGUCAACUGCACCCGAAGACAUUGAGGAAUACUCCCUGGAACAACUUUGUAAGGACCUUAUAUCCUUCAUGGACAUACUGGCCAUCCCUCAGGUGACCCUGAUUGGUCACGACUGGGGCGGGGGCCUGGUCUGGAGCAUGGCCAAGUACUUCCCCGAGAGGGUCCGGGCGGUGGCCUCUCUCAACACCCCUCUGUUCCCCGUGGACCCCACCUCGGACCCCCUGAUGAAAAUCAAAGCCAUCCCGAUCUUCGACUAUCAGAUCUACUUCCAAGAGCCGGGGGUUGCGGAGGCCGAACUAGAAACGGACCUGGAGAGGACGUUCAAUAUCUUUUUCCUCGACAGCAGGCCUGACAUUCCACAGAUCAGUACAGCAGGAGUCUGUGCCAGAGGCGGUCUGUUUGUGGGGUUACCAGAAGAGAUUCCAAGGAGUAACUUGGUCACGGAGUCUGACCUUCAGUUCUACGUAGAGCAGUUCAAGGACUCAGGAUUCAGGAGGCCUUUGAACUGGUACCGUAACAUUGAGAGGAACUGGAGGUGGAUGUGUUCCCGUCCCCGGGGAAAGCUCAUGAUGCCAGCCCUGAUGGUGACUGCUGGGAAAGACUUUGUCCUGCUGCCCAUCCUUACCAAGGGAAUGGAGGAACAGAUCCCCAACCUGACCAGAAAUCACAUCGAGGAUUGCGGACAUUGGACUCAAAUGGAGAAGCCGGCUGAGGUGAACCGAAUCCUGAUCACCUGGCUCCAGGAGACCCACAGGAAACUCCCCGUUACCAUGGCGCCCAAACUGUGACGAGGGCCCUCGUACUCCUGGCGACAAAACCCUGACUUCAGCUUUCUCCUUAAUAAUAAUGUGUGAUUAUGUCGAUUAUUUCAGCCAAAUAUUAACCAACAUUUUCAUAACCACCAUUCUGCAUUAGUUACGACAUUUAUGUCUGCUUGUUAAGGAAAAUAAACACAAAAUGGCAGACUAGAAGCUGCUUUGGAUAUUAAAAAGUAGUCGUCUGUAUAGCUUUAAUUUUGGGUGUGAUAAAUAUGUGUUUUUAACUGGUAAUAAAGCACGGGUAUUAGAGUGGCGAAGUCACGCCCCUUCCAUGGGGCUUUGAGAUCGAAAAAUAUGUAUGGGUUUCAAUGGAGAGAAAGUAAUUAUCUUCUGGUCCCAGUCUUUAUAUGCCCCGGAUUACACAUAUGUUGAUUACAUAUGUUGAUUACACAUAUGUUGAUCAGUUAAAGGCUGUAGAGAAAACACAAUGAGAAAAACUCCAUGUCUCGUAUGUGCCGUCACGCUCCCUGCGACUGGCGUGGACAAGACCGACAAUCUCCCCAUCGGCAUAACUAAAACUCUCCACAUGCCCCAACUUAUAAUGGUUUUCACCACUCUUGAUGCUUUUUUCCUCACUUUGGAAAAAACCUAACAUUAUCAAACUUCUUCAAGAGAAUGUUUUGUUUUCUUUGCAUGAAAAAUUAUCAGUUAAAUCCACAAACAACAUAUGUUUAGUCCGGGGCAUAUAAAGACUGGGACCAGAAAAUAAUUACUUUCCCUCCAUUGACACCCAUUAAUAUUUUUCGAUCUCAUCGGUCCCAGGUGCUCUACCUGAAGGGGCUUGACUAAGAUAUUCAAAUUCUUUUUUUGUCCCGUUCAUGAUUAAACAACUUAGUUAGUGUUUAUUGUUUAAUGCUAUAUCCAAAUAAUAUCUUCAACAUUUAUUGUGAACUAACGUUUUCAGUGUGUUUCAUGAAAAUGAAGGGUAACACUGUUCUUUUUUAUCGGUUGUCAUGAAAAAAUAUAAGGGGUUACACUGUUGUCUUUCGUAACCCUAUCCCUAACCCUAAACACGACUGAUAAAAAACAAGGGCUGUAUUUUUUCUAUCAGCCGUCAUCAAAUUAAACGCAAGGGGAACACUGUCUUUUUCCACAGUCUUUAUUGUUUUUUUUUUAUUAAAUAAAACAUAUGGCGUAAAAGUGUCAUUUUUAAUCGGUCAUCAUGAAAAUAAAUUUAGGGUAACACCGUUAUUUUUAUCGGUCAUCUUGAAAAAAACGACCGAUAUAUAACUCGUUUUUUUUAUCAAAUAAAGCAUAAGCGGUAACGAUGUAGUUUUAUUUUUUAUCACUGCCCUUAUGUUUGUUCCAUGACGAUUUUUUAUCAAGGACUGUUGUUUAUUAUGCCGUUAUGAAAUAAAACUUAAGGGGUAACACUGUCUUUUUUUAUCAGUCGUCAUCAAAUAAAACAUAAAGGAUAGCACUGUUGUUUUUUAUCAAAUAAAACAAAAGGGGUAACACUGUUGUUUUUUAUCGGUCUUCAUGAAGAAAAACACGACAACUGUUGCUUUUUAUCGUUCGUGAAAAAAAACGUAAGGGGUAACACAGUUUUUUUAUCUGUCGUUUUUAUCAAAUAAACCAUAAGGGGUUACACUGUCGUUUUUUCGUCAUGAAAAAAACUAUAAGGGGUAAAACUGUCGUCUUUCCUAACCCUAUCCCUAACCCUCCACACGACAGAUAAAAAGCAAUGGUUAACAGUUUUUUUUUAUCGGUUGUCGUCAAAUAAAACAUAAGGGGUAACACUGUCGUUUUUUUACGGUCGUUAUGAAAAAAACAUUGGGGGAAACACUGUCGUUUUUUAUCAGUCAUGUAGAAACUCAUAAGGGUUGAACCCCUUAUGAUUUUCUACAUGACGACUGAUAAAAAAGUCCUGCCAACAAUACUCUCCUGGGAAGGGGUGGUUAAUACAUGUUUUCUUUCAAAGACCUUUGACCCUUGACCUUUGACCCUUAAGGUGCCUUGGUCGGUGAGCUGUUUCUUAUCUGUUCUGGGGAGAUGUGUCCUAUUUCUUCCAGGGAGGUUUGUGUGAACGUCCGAUGUCCCACAAACCUCUGUGGAAGAAACCACUAUGGAGAAAAUGUAUGGAAUAUUUACUUCGGGAACCACACUGUUGCGCUCUAUAGACAUGAUAUCAUCACGUUUAUAACUUUUAUUACGGUUCAAUGGAAACAAAACAUAAGCAGGAAUGAGACGCUGAGACACAGAUAGAAUGAUAAGUUAGCCAUGACACUACAGUGUAUUAUAUAUUCUUUCUUGAUUUUUGUAUUUGUAACUUACUUACUUACUCAAGCCAGAAAAUGAGAAAGUUCUUUAUUGAUUUUUUAGAAUUGAUUUCCGUUCCGCGGACUUGAUGCCCUGGCCUAUAUAAUGUGUUUAAAAGGGUGAUAUUAUGCCACCAGGUGUGAGUGUGAUUAGCCGUUACAAGCCGUUUUGAAACUCUACCUCUUCCUCUGUUUUAGUGACAUCACAAGUCCACCUUG